AGGGGCGCGCGAGUAGCCCCCGGCCGCUGCUGAGGAGGACUGAAAUGAAUAAAUAAAAACGAAAAACGCCCUCGUGCUUGCUUUCUCCCCCGCCUCGCUGCGUGAGCGUCCGGCUGCUGUGACGUCACGCCCCGAAGGCGAGGGGCGCGUUUGUGACGCCACGAGAAGGCGACUUUGUCACGUUGGUCACCCCGGCGCUGUCCCUUUGGCCGGGCGGCAGCGAGAGAUUGCUUGAGGCUCCGACCCGGCUGGCUGUGUGGGUGGAGCCUGGCGGGUCGGGUCGGGUCAAGGCAGGGGACUCUGCCUGGCUAGUCAGGGAGAAGUGCCUGGCUAUGAGGGAAGAAGCUGGGUGGGAAAGGCGGGGAACCUGGUGGCAUACCAAAAAGAGCGUUGCUUUAACUGGCUUCCCUCUGGCUCCACUCCCAGAGGAAGCCAAACCCCCGGUGAGGCCUCGGGUCGCCCCUUGAUGUCUGGCAGUGGGGGGACGUUGGGUCCCAAACCCCAGUCCACGGACUGGGGAUUCUCUCGCCCCAGUUGUUGCUGCUUUCCUUAGGGAUGGGCACGUGGGCCCUUCCUUGUCUCACUCAAAGCCCUCUCCCUUUCCCUGUGAUGGAGGAGUCUUCUGAAUUUUCUCUUGAAUGGGGGCAUGCUCCCUCCCACAGAAGAUGGUCACCUUGAAGUAUGAUCAUGGAAAAGGGAGUAAGCACAGGAGAAGUUCUUCCCUCCAAAUCUUCUCAUUCUACAGCAGUAAGAGUGAUGGUGAAAGAACAUGAAACAGAGCAAGCUCAGAAAGUGAGACAAGUAGGAUUUGUACUUGUACAUGCAGGUGCAGGGUAUCAUUCUGAAUCGAAAGCCAAAGAAUACAAGCAUGUGUGCAAAAGAGCCUGUCGGAAGGCGAUUGAAAAGCUACAGGCUGGGGCUCUUGUAACAGAUGCAGUGACUGCAGCGCUAGUUGAACUAGAGGAUUCACCUUUUACAAAUGCAGGAAUGGGAUCUAAUUUGAACCUUUUGGGUGAAAUAGAAUGUGAUGCCAGUAUAAUGGAUGGAAAAUCGCUAAAUUUUGGAGCAGUUGGUGCGCUAAGUGGAAUUAAAAAUCCUGUUUCUGUGGCAAACAGACUAUUGAAAGAAGGACAGAAGGGAAAACUCUCUGCCGGCAGAAUUCCACCCUGUUUUUUAGUUGGUGAGGGAGCUUUCAAAUGGGCAGUGGAUCAUGGGAUACCUGCCUGUCCUCCAGGUGUCAUGGCAACAAGACUUAGCUUAGCAGCUUUUAAGAGAAACAAGAGGAAACUAGAACUGGCAGAAAAGGUGGAAACAGAUCUUUUCCAGUUGAAGAAAAGAAGACAAUCAAGUGAAAAGGAGAAUGACUCAGGAACACUGGAUACUGUUGGAGCAGUUGUUGUCGACCAGGAAGGCAAUGUUGCUGCUGCAGUCUCCAGUGGAGGCUUAGCUUUGAAACAUCCAGGAAGAGUUGGUCAGGCAGCUCUUUAUGGAUGUGGCUGCUGGGCUGAAAAUGUUGGAAUUCAGAAUUCUUACUCUACAGCUGUGAGUACCUCAGGUUGUGGAGAGCACCUUGUACGUACUUUGCUGGCCAGAGAAUGCUCAUGUGCUUUGCAAAACGAAGAUGCUCAUCAAGCUCUGCUGGAAACUAUGCAAAACAAGUUUAUUAGUUCACCUUUUCUAGCUAAUGAAGAUGGUGUUCUUGGAGGAGUGAUAGUGCUUCGAUCUUGUAAGUGUUCUGCAGAGCCCAGCUCUUCGCAGGAUAAGCAGCCCCUUCUAGUAGAGUUCCUGUGGAGUCAUACGACAGAGAGCAUGUGUGUGGGCUAUAUGUCAGCACAAGAUGGCAAAGCUAAGACCCACAUUUCAAGGCUUCCCCCCGGUGCUGUGGCUGGACAGUCGGUGGCAAUUGAAGGAGGUGUUUGUCGCUUGGAGAGCCCGACAGGCUGAACUGCUCUUCCUCUUUGGCAAGGCCAGCAUGGAUGCCAUUCUGUAUAAUAAGCUCCUUUGUGUUUUAACAGGUCUUGAGAAUUUUACUUUUAUUUUAUUCUCCUUAUUGCAACCAUGUGCACUGUAACCUGGAACAAGUGCUGCUUUAGCUUUAUAUUCUUACACUUGGUUUGAAUGUAUGUGAAAAUUGUCUCCAUUGGAGUAGGAACUCUUUUUCCAAUUGUGCAAAUAAAGAAAAUGUAUAAUGGAUUUAAUAUUACAAAACAUUUUUAUUUUUAAUUGAUUUGCCUAUAAAAUGAGAAUGCCCUGAAAUUGCAAGGGGAAAUGGUUAAAAAAUGUGCAGUACACUAUAAUAGAUGUGAUUGUUUUAUAUUGAGAAAGUUCAGGCAUAAGAGCUGGUUGGAAUACAAAAGUGGCUGAAUACAUUUUGCAAUAGUUCAUGGUUUCAGUGAGUCUAGUGAUAACUUAAACAUAUUAUCUUCUCCCAAGUAUGGGCAUGUCUUUUCAUUUCAGCAAAGUGUGGUUAGUUUCAAUGAAGCUGUCUAAGAUAGGGUUGUGGCCUGCCUCCCCCGCCCCCUUAACUGUUCAGUUGACGGUACUUUUUCUGGUUAAGUGUUACAUAGCUUCAGCUGUUAUGUAUUAUGAAUGGCUCUGUAAAGAUAACGUGCAGUCAUGAAGUCUUUACUUUGUGUAUAAUGGAAUAUUGGAAUGUAAAUAAGAACAAAGUUUAUUGGAAAGAGUCAAUAUUAUUCUUUGGUUUAAAUAUAUUUUUAAGAGAACGGUGUAGAAAUAAACAAGCUAUUAACUGGAUAAAUAAUGCAAAGUGUGCUACAUUGAAAAUGAUGAAGAUUCUGAUACUACUUUCUUCAGUUCCUUACAUUCCAAAUCUGCAGUGAUGUAUAAAUGUUUGCAAUUAAAUUUACAUGUUAUGCAUGUAGAAUUGUAAGUGACCUUUAAAAUAAUUUUUACAGUGAAAACUCAUGGUAAUAUACUUGCUUUCUUUAAAUGAGAGUCCAUUUUCCUUAUAACUUCUUUUAGGCUCUUUAGCAAUUUUAUUGUUUUUAUAUUUACACAGAUGUAAUGGCUAAUGGAACAAUCAUGUUGAGUAACUUGUGAACGGACCUCUUAUUCUGUUUGGGAAAGUUAAUUAGAGUUUAUAUUCCCCCAUCUUUUGUCCAGACUGAUUAAGGGAAGGUAACUCAGGCUUAUUUUUCCCCAUCUUGCACUGAAAGAUAGUAUAUGCCUUUGUCAGAAAUACUUACACAGUAACUUCCAAUGUCUUUCUAGUAUUCUGAUUGAUUUGUCUUCUGUAUUUGAUGUGCCACUUGGUUUAACAUCCCAACUGAACGAAAAACAUUACAAAAAUGUUUUUAAUCAGGUACAGUCUACUUUAUAUAAAGUACGCUGACUUAUAAUGGCAAACAGCUCUUGGGUCCUCCAGUAAUUCAUUUGCUGUGAACUCUUGUUGAUUUGCUAAGUUUGAAGAGCAAAGGCUAUAGGUUGAUAACAUUCUACUUGUGCUAAAGUGCAUCAUCCUAUAUAGCAGUGGUUCCCAACCUUGGGCCUCCAGAUGUUCUUGGACUUCAAC